GUCCCGUCAGAAUGAAAUGAUAGAUGUAACGCGGCGGCUCGUCUGGGAUGAGAGACGCUGCAGAGGCAGAAAAAGGUGGAGAAACCUCCUCCUCCUCAUCCUCUCUCCUUCUUCCUCCAUCUCCACGCCCCAUCAUUGUUGUCAAUAGCAGCCCGGCACCAUGUCUCCUCCAGCGUCGGCGGCCCCGGCGACUGAAAGCAGCACGACCACCACCGUGUUCGAGGAGGACAGCAGGGAGGAGCAAAGACCGCUGAAACAAUCCCUGAGCAAGUCGUUUUGUCGGGAGAGUUUCUGGAAAUGUCUUCUCCUGUCCGUCCUCAUGUACGGCUGCAUGGGAGCGAUGGUCUGGUGUACCGUCACCAAGGUGACGCGCCUCACCUUCGACAGCGCCUUCAAAGGGAAAUCCAUGAUGUACCACGACAGCCCCUGUUCUGACGGCUACAUCUACAUCCCUUUGGCCCUGCUGGGCAUGCUCUACCUGGUGUACCUGGUGGAGUGCUGGCACUGUCACGUGAAGAACGAGUUGCAGCACAAAGUGGACGUGGAGGGCAUCUGCGAGCGCAUUCAGAGGAUGCAGCAAGCUAAGCCUUGCAUCUGGUGGAAGGCCAUCAGCUACCACUAUGUUCGCCGAACUCGUCAGGUCACGCGCUAUCGCAAUGGGGACGCUUACACCAGCACACAGGUUUACCACGAGCGGGUCAACACUCACGUGGCUGAGGCCGAAUUUGAUUACGGUCACUGUGGAGUCAAAGAUGUUUCCAAACAGCUCCUGGGUCUGGAGAAGUCUCCGCUUACAAAGAUGCGUUUCACCAAGUGCUUCAGCUUUGCCAAUGUGGAGUCCGAGAACUCAUACCUGACACAGAGAGCCAGGUUUUUCACGGACAACGAGGGGCUGGAUGACUACAUGGAGGCCAGAGAGGGAAUGCACCUGAAAAACGUCGACCUGAAGGAGUACGUCAUGGUGCUGGCUGACCCGGAACAUCAUCCCUGGUAUCUGUCUCACUACGUUUUCUGGUUGGCAUCGUUCCUCACGUUCUCCUGGCCUCUCAGAGUCUUCACCGAGUAUCGCACUGCAUACGUUCACUACCGUGUGGAGAAGCUUUUUGGGCAUGAUUACCUCCCUGUGACUCCAUGUGAUGACCGGCCUUAUUGGCGUCGGAUUCCUCGUGUGAACACAGUCGACAGCACUGAGCUGGAGUGGCACAUUCGCUCCAACCAGCAGUUGGUUCCCAGUUACUCCGAAGCCGGCUUGAUGGACUUAGCCCAGCGUCCGUCUAACUUCAGUGGGAUUCGUCAGAACUGUGAGCGUUGCCACAGAGCCAUCAGCUGCUCCUCUGUCUUCUCCAGAAGUGCCCUCAGCAUCUGCACAGGCGCCAGCUCCCGCAUCCCCUUCAGUGGGAGCCGGUUCUCCUUGGCACGGCACUACGGCUCCCAGAGGAGCUGCUUCUGGAGGAGCGGCAGCCUGGAUGACCAGGAGAGUCCCAGCGAGAACACCCGCUGCCUGUCAGAGCGCCUCGCCACAGACGAGGAGGAGCCUCCGCACUACGAGGAUGCCCUCUGCUACCCCGUUCUCAUCGUCCACUGCAGCGAGAACUGUCACAGCCACAGAUCCUUCCACAGAAACAGCUCUUGUGUGGAGACCUCUUUAUGAUUGAAACAGUCACUGCUGAAACAGCUGUAGCAUUAAA